UGUGACGUAAUCACGCGCGACGCUGGAUCUUCUACGUCAGCGCAGUAGUGCCAACAUGGCGUUCACCCUGUACGCGCUGAUCCAAACGGCGAUAUUAUUUACUAACGCCAUCGCGGUUCUCCACGAAGAGAGGUUUCUCAGUAAAAUCGGCUGGGGAGCAGAGCAGAGUAUUGGAGGAUUUGGAGAUGAACCCGGCAUUAAAGCUCAACUUCUCAACCUUAUUCGCUCCGUCAGGACUGUCAUGAGAGUUCCUCUGAUAGCGGUUAAUUCAGUGUGCAUCGUCUUAUUAUUACUGUUCGGAUGAAGAAGGAAGCGGUGGGUUGCGGUGGAUCAGGAUCUCACGAGGAACACAGCGAAUGCGGCGAAGGAAAAUGGACUGUUUUCGUAUCUGUGGUUCUAAAUGUGGCUCUCCAGCGCGUGCAAAUUGUGCCCCGAAUGAUUUACUGAAAGUACUCCGGUAGUUUUACACGAAACGAAUACCGGUAAACAUUUUCUUUUUCAUGUUUCGUAACUAUACAGAAGCUCCCGCGUCUGCGCUUGUGGUUUCUAACACAUUCAGGGUCCUUUAAAUCGUGUUUCUUAGAGCAAGCGACAGUGAAAUCAACCGGACAGGUCUGUCAAAGAGGUCUCUUGGCACCUGAAUUAUUUUUUUUUUUCAAUACAUAAAUUCCACAAAGCUAAUCUUAAAUGUUUCCAUAUCGAAAGACGGCUUGGAAAGUACAAGUUGGGUUUAAAAUAUAUAAAGGCUUCUGGGUAAAUUUGAAUAAAGAUGUGGUUAAUGUAGUGUUGUCACGCUUUAAUAUGCAACGCGUUUGACCAAAUGAGCUUCUACUCUUACGAGACAGUCAUUUAAUAAAGUUAUUUUGCCUUUUCA